AUGGGUGAUGCGCUGAUGGUGGAAAGGGAAGAUGGUGGAGCGAGUGAGCACACACAAAAAACAAGCAAGCUUUUGUUCAAACUUUGCAUGAAAGGUGAGUGGGAAGAAGUGGAGAGAACGUUCGAGAAGGACAAGAAGGCUCACACGGCCAAAAUAACUAAGACAGGUGACACUGCUUUGCAUGUCGCCGUCACCGACGGCCAAGACGACGUCGUGGGAAAACUGGUGAAGCUUAUUUGCUCCGAGACGGAAGAAGGCAAGCGUAAAGAGGCACUGGGAAUUCAGAACAAAAGAAAAAACACGGCCUUGCAUUUGGCGGCUUCAAUGGGGAGCGUGGAGAUGUGCAAGUACAUUGCUUCCGCUGAGGCUUCGUUGCUGAGUAUGCGCAACGUUGAUGGCGAGACCCCUCUCUUUCUGGCUGCUCUCCAUGGCAGAAAAGAAGUUUUCCUUUUCCUUCACUAUUUCUCUAACAACAACCACCCAGAGCCUCUUGACUACUACAGCAACUGUGCAAGAACUAAUGAUGACACAAUUCUUCAUUCGGCCAUUGCCGGAGAUUAUUUUGAUUUGGCAUUCCAAAUAAUUCAUUUAUACGGAGAUCUUGUGAAUUCAGUGAACCAGAGUGGGUUAACUCCUCUUCAUCUCCUGGCAAAUAAGCCUUCUGUUUUCAGGAGUGGUGGCCACUUGGGACGGUUUGAACGAAUUGUUUAUAAUGCUAUAAUGGUGAAGAAGCUCAAAGUAGCACGCAGUAGUCAGGAGCGACGUCCAACAAACACAGAAAAAAUCAGUUAUCCGGAAAAUUACGAGAUAUGUGCGGGGCUUUUGAGCAUGGCAAAAAAAUUCGCCUUAAUGGUGACCGAGCCGUUGAGACAAUUUCUUAAAAAGGAUAAUGAUGAAAUUGGAAAAGAAAGAGACCUCGAAGCAUCGAAAAAUAUUGCUACAGAUGAUGGAGCGGAAACAAAAUCUGCAGGUGAGGACUAA